UGGAGUACUAGUAGGAGAGAAGACAGAAAAGGCGCGAAUUACGAGUUGGCGCCGGGUGAUCGCGUUUCCCCAUCCCCGUGUCUUCGUCUACCUCGCGCUCGCGUUGCGUUCAUAAGAGAGAGAGAGAGAGAGAGAGAGAGAGAGAGAGAGAGUAGAUCACAGCCGAAAACCGACACUCUCUCAAACUCCGCAGUUGCGCCAUGGACGCUGCGGAGAGCAACGAGACGAAGCUGCAGAGCCCGCUGCUGCUGCCGACACUGCCUACGCCGUUGCUGGACGGUGCUGACGGCGGGGACCAGCGCCUGGAGAGCAUCCUGGGCGGCGGGUCGUCGGCGCCGUGGGCGCGGAGGAUGUGCGCGGCGACGGCGGUGGAGCUACCGAUGCUGGCGCGGCUGGCAGCGCCGGCCGUGCUGGUGUACAUGAUCAACUACCUCAUGUCCAUGUCGACGCAGAUCUUCGCUGGCCACCUCGGCACGCUCGAGCUCGCCGCCGCCUCCCUCGGCAACACCGGCGUCCAGAUGUUCGCCUACGGCCUCAUGCUUGGCAUGGGGAGCGCUGUGGAGACACUGUGCGGGCAGGCAUACGGCGCGAGCAAGUUUGACAUGUUGGGCAUCUAUAUGCAACGCUCCAUCGUCCUGCUCAUGGCGACCGGCGUCCCGCUGGCCGCCCUCUAUACCUUCUCCCAACCCAUCCUCAUCCUCCUCGGCGAGUCACCGGAGAUCGCCCGCGCCGCGGGCAUCUUCGUGUACGGCCUCAUCCCGCAGAUCUUUGCCUACGCGGUCAACUUCCCCAUCCAGAAGUUCAUGCAGGCGCAAAGCAUCAUGGCGCCGAGCGCCUACAUCUCCGCUGUUACGCUCGUCGUCCACGUCGUCCUCAGCUACCUCGCCGUAUACAAGUUCGGUCUGGGGAUCCUGGGUGCCUCCCUCAUCCUUAGCGCCAGCUGGUGGAUCAUCGUCGUCGCACAAUUUAUCUACGUUGUCAGCAGCAGCAGGUGCCAUCUCACGUGGACUGGGUUCUCCGUGAGGGCCUUCUCUGGCCUACCCCAGUUUUUCCGGUUGUCCAUUGCCUCUGCCGUCAUGCUCUGUCUCGAGGCUUGGUACUUCCAGAUACUCGUGCUUAUUGCUGGCCUCCUCAAGAACCCCGAAUUGUCGCUUGCAUCGCUCUCCAUCUGCAUGACCAUUUCAGGGUGGGCGAUCAUGAUUUCUUUUGGAUUCAACGCAGCAGCCAGCGUGAGGGUCAGCAAUGAGCUUGGAGCCGGAAACCCCAAGUCAGCGGCAUUCUCGGUGGUGGUAGGGACGAUGGUGUCCUUCACCUUGUCACUGAUAAUCUCGGUGGUCAUCCUGCUCUGUCGCGACUAUAUCAGUUACAUCUAUGCUGAUGGCGAGGACGUGGCAGCGGAGGUGUCCAAGCUGACGCCACUGCUGGCACUAACCGUCAUCCUCAAUGGCAUCCAACCCGUACUAUCAGGGAUGGCCGUGGGAUGCGGUUGGCAAGCGUUCGUCGCCUACGUUAAUGUGGGAUGCUACUAUGUCGUCGGCGUCCCCUUGGGUUGCCUCCUCGGCUUCUACUUCGACCUCGGCGCAGCGGGCAUAUGGUGUGGUAUGAUUGGAGGUACUCUCAUGCAGACCGUCAUCCUAGUGUGGGUUACCAUCAGGACAAAUUGGGACAAUGAGGUGGCCGAAGCAAUGAAAAGAUUACACAAGUGGGAGGACAAGAAACCUCUAUUAGCUAUCGAGGAAUGAAACAAGGAUUUAAAUAAGAAUUUCAGAGCUUCGUAAGCAGGAUUGGAAGCAGUUGGUUGCGGCAUGGACGUUGCUACAAAUAUGAGAGCCGGUGGAGCUUGGCGCCAAGAAAAUUGAGUGGAUUAUUAUGGAGUUUAUAACCCUAUUUGGAUGGCGUCCAGGCUUCUUAGUAUUUAUAAUAGUCUUUGGUGUCAUUUACAUCCUUCUUUCCAUGGAUUGUGUUGUGUAUUUGGUUUUCUCUCUUUCUGGCGAAGCCAUUGUAUAGCAACUUUGUAAUAAGUAAUUCUAUAUGCAUCUAUGAUGCAGAUGUCGUGGGUAAUAAAAGAAUUCGUCAGUUAAACAUAGGAAAUCAGAUUCAAUUUGUUAGUA